GACGUAACGGGACGGGACGGCACUGCCAGUGUGGAUGCCAACGUUGGAAAUGUAUUGCAGAUUGUUUUGCAGAGACGGGACUUCAUAUGACGGCCAGUGUGAAUUGGCCUUCAGUCUGUCAUCACAACUAAAUCGAACGGUUUCAGACGAACGCCUAUUCAAGGGCACUCAUUUUAGCGACUCAUCCACAUGUUUCAUGUAGAUGACAAACGCCUUGGGUGUGCGAGAAACGAAGUGCGUAUGGUGAGCAUAGCGAAGUGCCAACUACUCGAAGUUCUUUGGCAAGUGCGCCGGUGGCAUGUUAUUGUCGUAUGUAAAUUGUUUACAUGAGGAAAAGUGGACAGUUUUUGAUGGGUGACAUAAGGAGAAAUGGAUGGCAGAGAUAGCUUAUGUUGUUGCGAGUAUAUUAAUCGCAACCAAGAAAGAUACCACAUGUUAGAGUGUUGUUGCAAUUGUGAAGAACUUGAUAUCUGCGUUGACAGGCUGUUCCGGUGCCGGAAAGUGCCUGUAUCUCUUUUCCAUGCGGUCAUGGUAACUAUAUGUGACCGAAUGCGAAUUCCUUGGCUACGUGGUGCACGACCUCUUGCACCAGAAAUGUUCCUGCCCCCAUUGUUACUGGCAUUAAUUGGUGUGAUGGCAGCCCAAGGACCGUGGUGGACAGUUUUGACAUUAGGUUCUGUGCCAUUGGCUGCUCGGUUAAUGCUACAUUGUGUACCACCACGAUAUUUUGUUGCAUGGAUGGUUUCUUCUGUAGUAUUGCCAGUACUGGUAUUUGAAGCAAGUGUCGUGCCAAUGUUGGAGAUUCUACCAGAUGAGAACCUGAUCCUUGUUGUCCUUACUUUGGCAACAUUUAUACUGUUGCAUUUUGCGUGGAGACGCUCUAGGUCAAGCUUAGCAAUACCUCUUGCACCAGUCGAUGGCACUGGUGUGGCAUGUGCCGCUUGCCGUCGAAGGGUUCCUUUGGGUGCCAGACAUUGCAGGUACUGCCGUGUUUGUUCUGUCGGAAGGAUUCACCACUGCAUAUGGUUAGACUGCUGUAUUGGAGAAUACAACAGGCAUGCCUUUAUAACAGCACUGGUAUUAGGUACUGGAGCUCUCAUUUAUGGCUCUAUCCUCAUUCUCACAUCAGUAUGCCGACCUUUCUUCUGGUUGGACUUUAUAUUGCUGCCAUAUGACUGCAGUGAUGUUUAUCAUGACCUUGAGAUUGCACUGUGCUUUGUUUGUGCUGUAUAUGCACUGAUUAUGGCAGCAUUCUUAUUACCAAUUCUUCUGCGGCAUGGCUGGAUGUUGACAAGGGACUCUUGGUCCCGAAAGCGAUUGACAUCCUCGCACGAUUACCAGUUGCCUGUCGCAUGAGAUUGUUUCCAAUAAGACUGUGAUGGAUGGCUAUCUACUGGAGUUGCCUUUGGCUACACUCCUUAGCCAGUAUGGCAGAUAAGACAAUAGCAGGAGUUCCAAGAGGACAGUAAACUUAAAAUAUAAAGUAUUGCAAGAAAAUUAUUUCUGUUAACUGCAGAGUAUUUUCAUCCUUUUACCGUCUAAUAUAUGAUUACAUGGAAAAAUAAUUCAGGAAGUAAGCUGAAAAUGAAUACAUUUUUCAAAGGAGAACCAAUGGAGGUGUUGAAUUUCCGCUUUUAGAUCCGAAUACCUCUCAUUGGGACAUAAUGAGGAGAAAAGAGAAUGUGUGCAAAUUUCUGUAAAGGAGAUGUUAUAUCCAGAGACAUGCUGAUAAAAUGGAGAAGAAACUAAGUGAACUUAUUUGUAUAGUUCUUAUAUUUUUAUACAUAUGCAUCCCACUUUUCAACCAGUAUUAAUUGUAGGUUUUAUUUAUACACUCAUCACAACAUUCUAAUUCUCUUUCAUUUCAUAUUUGUAUGUUUUUCUUUGUACUUAUUGAAUGCUUGAGUUGAACCUUUAAAAUACAGUACUUUACAUUUUUUGUU